GUUUGGGCCGCUGAGGAGGCAGAAGGACCGCCGAGCGAGCGCGGGCGAGCGGUGCUCGGCAGAGGGCGAACUGCCUGGUGGAGUGAAGCAGCAGAGUCUCACCAGAUCGGCAGGGCCGAGAGGGACAGACGGAGUGCGGGACUGAGAGCAGCUCGAAAAACGGUGGAGUGGUUGGUGACAUGGCUAUCAUUAGGCGGAACUAGUGAUUGGUGAUCACCGAACGUUCUCAUGAUUAGUGACGCGCUGACCGACCUUUGAGCGCGGGUAGUGAGCACUGCCGGCCGGCAGGCCGCCGCUGAAGGGGUGAUUGGUCGCCGCCCGUCCGGACGUCACCCCGUGUGAUGGAGCAGCCGGCUGAUGCCAUAUGACGUCGCACGGAAGUUCGCAGUCGCGUGGGAUCCGACUCCCAUUCAUCUGGAACGGGCCGAUGGGGAGCGGCGCGCUGCUGGUGGCCCUCAUUAGCGCGGCGAUUUGCCUACAAGCGGUCGCGUUCGACGGCGGCCUCCCGCACACCAUUGACGCAGAGGAGGGGACAGAUGUCCGGAUCCCGUGUCCGCAGUUCCGGGAAAUACAGCACCCGCGUGGGAUCCGUCUCGUGCUCUGGUUCAGGGAAAAUGAGACCAAUCCUAUUACCAGUUUCGACGGUCGCGGUCGGUCACGGCCUGGCGAACUGGCCGCUGGAGACCCUGACCUUCGGCUGACCCGUGUGACCCCGGAUCACAGCGGUCGGUACCGGUGUCGGGUGGACGCGGAGGAUGACCCGACGGAGGUCAGCUGGGUCCAGCUGACCGUGCACGAAGCACCGGCUGUCCCGUCUCUGAAGAUUCUUGGACAGUAUCAUGACGAGCUCGACCCCACAGGAGAAAUGUCCACAGUGGAAUACGAAACAGCUCGACUUAUUUGUCAGCUGGCAAAUGGAGGAGGCCAGACCUGGAAGAUCGCCUGGCUGAUACGCCGACCGGGAGAGAAGGACCAGCUUCUUUCAUCGGAAACGAGCAGGGACAACCCGUCUGAGCAGAAACUCGACUACAACGUCACUAGGAGCGACCACAGCGCCGCCCUGGUGUGCAGAGCGGGAACUGCAGUGGGGGAGAGUGUCAGCGCCGAGGUGUCACUCCGAGUUUCCUACGGACCCGACUCUGUGACGCUGCGCUGUGAGCCGGACGCCGUCGCCGCCGGCAGUGAGGUCACGUGUGCCUGUCACGUGCUCCCCGGACGGCCGGGGUACAAAGUCACGUGGCUCUGGGGUGCGACAUUCGUCGCAGAUGAGCACCAGUCAACUACGCUGACGUCACAUCACCUCCCCGAGAAGACGUCACAUCAGCUGACGAGGGUGACGUCACCGGACGAUGAUGGACGUCAGGUGACGUGUUCGGUGACGAACCCCGUCAGCGGCCAGGAACGGCGAGCGAACUCCACAAUUGGCGUGCAGUACGCUCCAAAGGCGAUUCUCUCGGGGCCCUCGUCCGAGCUAGUGGAAGGCGAAGACGCCCACUUUUCCUGCUUCGUUGGAGCUCAACCUUCAGCACAGUUUACCUUCUGGCUUCAUAACGACAGGCAGCUGGUGUCCAGCGAUCGCAUUGUGGCCGGACCGCAGCUUCUCAUCAUCAAGAACCUCACUCCACACGACACGGGACGGUACGCCUGUUUCGCCAACAACACGCUGGGGGCAGGGCUCAGCAACACUGUGAACCUCGAGCUAAAGUACGCUCCGGUCUGCCGGUCCGCGGCGGUACUGCGGCAGUUCGCGGCGCCCUCCCGCGUCACAUUCGUCAGCUGCAGGGUACGCGCCCAGCCGCGUCCCUCUCAGUUCCACUGGGAGCUGCAGCCGGCUGACGGAGGCCCAACGCGCACCCUCCUUCGGUCAGCGCACUCCGACAAAGGUCACAGCAGCGUGUUACAGUGGACGCCCACGGCGGAGACCGACUAUGGCCGACUGCUGUGUCGAGCCACCAACUCGCUGGGUCGACAACUGGAGCCGUGUCGGGUCGACCUGGUGCCCCCGGAACGGCCUGAUCCCGUGCACAACUGCACUGUGUCACUGUCAGAGGCUGUCAUCAGUUGCAUACCAGGACCCGAUGGAGGAAUGGCCAACUGGUACACCCUCUGGCUGUACGGACCUGACGAAAAGAUAGUCGGGAACUGGACAGAAAACCAGCCGCACUUUAUCGUCCCUGUGAGUUCCCUGCCGCCCGGUCAGUACAGGGCAGAGGUCACAGCCGAGUCGCCGGCAGGUCGGAGCGAGACGACGAGCCUUCAGUUCCGCCCGCAGCCCAGCGUCGGCCCCCACACAGACGAGAGCGGCGAGUUCUCGGUGAACUCCUGGGUUCUGGGUGGCGCCAUCUUCGCGCUGCUAGCCGUCGUCGCACUAGUGAUUGUGUCCGUGCACGUCAGAUGUCACUGUACGCCGAUAAGCGACGUGGGCUCGUGCCGCAGCUCUCCCGACCGGCCGGAGCUGCUCAGACAGCGCUCCUCUGCGCAGCAGCAGCAGCCCAUAUAUGCAGAAGUGCAGCGGCGGCGCUCGCCUCAUCCGCCGCCCCCUCCGCCACGCCGGCUGAGCUGCGACGACCCGGGACUGGCGCACUAUCCAGGACACAGGACCAGUCGCAGCCGCACCCCUCAGCCGCCGGAGAGGGGGCACCGGGAGCGGAGCCGCACCCCCCAGCCCCCGGAGCACACAGUCGCUGAGAGGGAUCCGCUCCACAGGAGCAGCUCUCUUCGUCCGUCCCCCGUCCAGCGCGGACCCUCAGAGGAUGCGGUCGGUCGGUGGCCGGGGGGACGCGGUGGGACCCUGCAGGCGGUGCGGGGUACGCACCGGACCCCAGUCCACCGGUGUCGGUCCCUACCAGUGCCCCCUCCGGUGGUGACCCAGCUGAGGGGCCGGUCCGUGCAGCCAGCGGAUUCACACACUCUGCCCCGCAGAAGGGAGCAACAGGAGACGACAAAGGCGCAGUGUCUGAGCCACAGCAGUGAGGACGUGCGACACGAGGACCCCGAGCCGGCCGUCCAGGUCCACAUACAGCCGCCCACACCGGCGUCCACCGCGUCCACAGCGUCCACCGUGGACGACCAGGCGGAGGUCCACACACACGUGGAGGCGGAGGACGGCGCGGGGGACGCUUACCAAGACAUACACGACCCAGACACGGCCCUGGAGGAGACAGAGACUCCAGACGAGCAAAGAUGAGGCCUUAGAAGACGGAAAAAUGCGUACAAAAGCGCAUAAGUGAGGACUUCGCCGCAGCGACCGAUGCAAAAGGAAAACUGAUGAGAGUAACAAUGCAGUGUGCUAUGGAUGUUGGUGUAUCAAAUUUGGAUGAACCGAAAUAAGUUCCUUUUGCUGUCACCAUCGGAUACUGUUAUCUGAUUUGUUAUACGGCAUUGGUGUUGUUCUUCUAAUUGCCUGCGAUCAAACGGGUCUACUCUACGCUGAUAGGAGACUGUUUUACGCCCACCAACCGUUGCAUGUGUUUUUGUUGUAAAUGUUUGCAUCCUAAGGCAUCAAGUUCUGUAAAUAAACUAGGAGAUGACAA